AUGGCCCGCAUCCUCAUCACCGGCUCCAGCGACGGCAUCGGCCAAGCAGCCGCCCGCCACCUCACCGCCCAAGGCCACCGCGUAACGCUCCACGCACGCAACCCCUCGCGCGCCACGCAAGCCCAAGCACAACUCCCCGGCGCAGAGGCAAUCCUCAUCGGCGACCUCUCGAAUCUCGAAGAAACGAGACGUCUCGCGCGCAAAGCGAACGCCCACGGGCCUUGGGAUGCCGUCGUGCACAAUGCGGGAAUCGCAGAGACUGCAGGCGGCAAGCGGACGGCAGACGGCAUGGCCCUGACGUUCCAGGUCAACACGCUCGCGCCGUAUGUGCUCACGUCGCUGAUGGCGAGGCCGAAGCGUUUGUUGUUUCUGUCUUCCGCGCUGCAUGCCGGGGGCGAUGCGAGUUUGCGGGAUGUGGCGUGGAGGGAGCGGGAGGGGGCGUUUGAGGCUUUUCAGGCGUAUGGGGAUACGUGAGUUUUUUUGCCCCUUUUCUCUCUCUCACUCUCUCCGCUUCGCUCGUUAGACGCGCGCGAGAAUGUCCCAAAUCUUUGCCAUGCCUUGCUAAAAACCUUCGCCAUCCGUUCGGGGUGGGGGGAAAACAGAAAACUUCAAGACAUCAUGCUCGCGAACGCCGUAGCGCGGUACUGGCCGGACGUGCAGUCCUGCGCCCUCGACCCGGGCUGGAUCCAGACGAAAAUGGGCGGCGGCGGGGCUCCGGGCACGACGGCGACGCCUGCGCGGGCGAUUGCAGAUUUCGCGGUCGGGGAGAGUGGCAUCACGGGGGACAGGACGGGGGUGUAUUUCACUCCGGGAGGGGCGAGGACGCCGCAUGCCGCGGCGGCGGAUGAGGGGAGGCAGGAGGCGUUGUUGGAGGUCUGUGAGCGGCUUUCGGGCGUGGCGUUUCCGAGGUAG